AUGAAUGAUCUUGAGGACAAAUACGACGAGGCGGUUUGCAAAGAGUUGGCAAAAAGCGGCACGAAAUGGCAUUUCUCGCCUCCGGGUGCUCCUCAUAUGAAUGGUUUAGCAGAAUCAGCUGUUAAAUCCGUCAAAUUACAUUUGAAGCGAACAAUUGCUGAUAACAAACUUACGUUUGAGGAGUUAAGAACGUUAUUGGCGCAAAUUGAGGCAUGUGUUAAUUCACGACCACUUUGCCCACUUUCAUCCGAUCCGAACGAUCUGAUGGCGCUCACGCCGGCUCAUUUUCUCGUUGGCCAAUCUUUAAUUUCACCUCCAGAAGAAUGUCAUAUUGAAGCCAAAGCGACCUGGCUUAACAGAUGGCAAAGAGUCCAACAAUUAAUGCAAUACUUCUGGAAACGCUGGCAGUCCGAAUAUUUGAACUAG